AUGCCACCAAAUCCAAGAGGACGGGGGAGUACCCGCGCUCGCGGCAGCGGGCGAGGAGGAGCGGCAGGAGGACGAGCCACGACUGACACGAGCGAAUCCACGGAUGCGACCCCGCAAAGCACAGCUCCCGAAGAGGCCUCGGAAGCUCCCGCUGAGCCUGUGGUACCAAAGCAAGAAGAUGGCGAUGCGAAGCCCGUUGUUACUGGUGAAGGCGCAUCUGCGACCAUAGAGUCACAAGCCCCCGAGGCGCCUCCAGCGGCUGCAUCAGCUGUCGCAUCACCCCAACCUGGCGCAGAACCAGCAGCCCGCGCUCCCGUGCAAAGACUCGGCAGUCUCCAAGGCUCAGUACCUCCUUCACGAUCUGCAUCGCCGUCUGUACGCGGCCGCGGCGGCACAACUCGAGGAAAGAGGGGCGUCAAGACGCCUGCGUUCACAGGAAGAAGGAGCAAGGAAGAGCGAGAUGCUAUUGCAAAAGAAUUAGCGGCUCGCGAUCGAGAAAGGACAAAAGAACAAGUUGCUGCGGACAAAAGGAGGGAGGCAGAGGCAGCAAAGGCAGCAAGACGAGAGGCCAACAGGAAGAGUAACCCGAAUCGCGGCUUCUCUGGCUUCGGAUCUGGAUCGGGCUCUAGAGCAGAGCGCGUCAAGAACGAGGACGGGAGUUAUGGAGGGUCUGGUUCCCGGUCAGGCGGGGGCGGAGGCGGUGGAGGUGGAAGUGGAGGUGGUCCAUCAAUCAAGAGAGAAGAUGGUGGCCUUGUGUCAUCUGAUGACGAAGAUCUAGCCGACAUACCGCGCAGGGACAUCGACCUGAUCGAAAUCUCCUCAGACGAGGACGAGAGCAAACCUAGAAGCGCACCUGCACAGCGUGGAGCACGAACAGCCUUACCCGUUCGCAUUGGCAGAAAAGAACACCAGGAGCGGACUAUCGGUAUCAACACAGAGGCAAGCUCGGAAACUUCAGCGAAAAUACUGGAGCGGGCGGAAUCAAGCGGUCAAUCGCUAAAGGAUGUUGCGUCCGAGCAAACAAGCCGAAAACCUAAAAGCAAGUCGAAGAAUGUCGAAAUCACUGGCUCGCGAAAACAGUUCAAGGGCGUUUGGCACGAUUCAGAAGAUUCGGAUGUUGUUGUCAAGACCGAACCUACGAGCGAAGACGAAAACAUGGCCGAUGCCGAGCAGGUAGGCUUGUGUGAUGCGCCGGCUCAGCCCGCAGAGAAACAAGAACCACAGUCACCGGAUGCCGAGCGAAAGCCCAAACUUAAAAAGAAGAGCAUAGCGGAACCCGUCCUUCAAACCGACGAAGAUCGCGCUGAAUGGGCACGUUUCCAAUCGAACCUACGCCAUAUCCGAGCCGAGUUGGGCCCAGAGGAGACACCACAAGUGGAUGGAUCUGGCGACGUACCGAUGGCAGACGCAGCCAACGCGGAGAAGAAGCCCACAGUGCGAGACAACAACGUCUAUCUGUUCCAAAUACCACCCCUUAUGCCCGCGGUAGAGCCACCAUCCAUCAAGAAAGAAGCAUUGGACCCUCAGCCUGCACCACCGCCUGCGCAGCCAUCAGCCAAACCAGAUCCGAAGAUCAAACUCGAGGAGGGCAGCUUUUCUGACCCUUCUGCUAGGUCAAAGGAAGGUGUCCGGUUUGGGAGUGGGUUGGUUGGAAAGUUGCGGGUGCAUGAAUCUGGCCGCACAACGCUGGACUGGGGCGGUACGAGCUACGAACUCACACCUGGCAACAAGGCCAGUUUUCUGCAGGAAGUUGCCAGCCUUAACAUGCGUCCCGAAAGCGAGAGGGUUGCACCAGAGGACGCAGGUGAAGCAAUCAGUCUUGGUAGGGUGAAGGGCAAGUUUGUCGUGGUGCCAAACUGGGGCGAGAUGCUUGGCUAA